AUGGGCCCGUCAUACCUAGGCCAAGCCCCCAAGAAGCACAAGCAGGCCUCACUGGGCCAGCGGCUGGGGCUCGCCUUCUACUUCCUUUGCGUGUCCUACAUCCUCUGCUCCAUCUUCUACCAUUCGCUCGGGCUGUUUGGCAUCGUCGGCCGUCCUGACCAUGAUGGUGAAUCCGCCGGCCUGGCCGUGUGCGACGAAGCACCUCCCCUUGUGACCUACGAGGGCGAGACUAUUCAGUGGCAACCAUGCGGUGAAAUCAACGAGCACCCGCUCGAAUGCGGCUCGAUUGACGUACCCAUGGAUCAAUUCAAUGCCUCGAACUCUGGCGACAAGACCUUCAACAUCCCACUCAUCCGCCUGCGCGCGUUCAACGCCACCCAGGGCAAGAAUCUCCUGCUGAACCCCGGUGGCCCCGGCGGUAGCGGCAUCGGUCUCGUUCACAGGAGAGGCAAGCAGCUGAGCACCAUUGUCGGCGAAGGCUAUCACCUCGUCUCCUUCGACCCUCGCGGCAUCGCUGCAUCUACGCCCAAGGCUUCCUGCUACCCCGACAGCGAUGUGCGCCAGAGGCUGUCGAGGGUGAGGUCUAAGGACCUGGUCGCCGACAGCCCCGAGGUCUUCAGCUGGACCAGCAACUUUGUCCAGGCUUGCGCCGACACCAUGGGUGACCACGGCCCGUACAUCAACACUCCGCAGACAGCUGCCGACAUGAACAGCAUCCUUGACGCGCUGGGCCAGGAGCAGAUGGCAUACUGGGGAUUCAGCUAUGGUACGAUUCUGGGCCAGACGUACGCUUCGUUGUUCCCUGAACGAUCUGAACGAGUCAUCAUCGACGGCGUGGCUAACAACUUUGACUGGUUCGGCACAUCCAUCGACCAAGAGAUGUGGACCGACACCGACAACGUCUUUGAUGGGUUCUUUGACAAGUGUAUCGAGGCGGGGGACAAUUGUGCCCUAGCAGGAUUCGCCGACACCAAGGAGGAGAUUAAGAACCAGGUAUUGGCAUUCGGCAAGGCCCUCCAGGAGCAGCCUGUCAAUGUGUACAUUAACUCGUCCUACUACGGUCUUGUUGACUACGAGAUGCUGUUCAACAAAGCCAUCUUUAGUGCCCUCUACAAGCCAGCCAACUGGAACGAGGUGGCCAAGCUGAUCGCGUCGCUGAUGAAGGGCAACGCGACUGACCUGUUCCUCCAAUACGGCGACGGCGAUGGGUUCGGCAUUGAGGGCGAGGGCCAACAAUUCGUCUUGCUCAACGACGCGCAGACGGGCCCCGAGCACUGGCCACAAGAUCGCCAAGCCAUCCUGAACGCGACCGUCCUACUGGCAGAGAGCUCUAUUUUCGGCAUCACUGAGGCUCCGGCGGUUUACCAGAAGCAAAAGUGGAAUCUGCCUCCCGGGCACCAUUUCCAGCCCGGGCAUGCCAUUGAAACCGUCGGACCACUGCUCAUCCUCUCCACCACGUACGAUCCUGUGUGCCCGCUCAAGUCGGCUCGGGUCGCCAACGAGGCCUUCAAGGGCUCCCGGCUGGUCGAGGUGCUUGGGUACGGCCACUGCAGCGUCUCGGUGGUGUCCGGGUGCCUGGCCCAGCACGUGCGCAACUUCCUCUACGAGGGCGUCCUGCCGCCUCCAGGUGCGCAGUGCGAGGUCGACGCGCCGUACUUCCUGCCGCCAGACGAGCAGAUCCUGCUUGUCGCUGAGGAUGACGACUCGGAGGAGGGUCGGCUGUACCGCGCCCAAUUGGAGCUUGCGCAGGAGAUGGAGUGGCCCCGGCGCUGGUAG